AUGUCUGUCGAAGUCAUCAAGACCAUCUCGCCCACCACCAACGAGCCCAUUCUUACUCGGAAUGGCGCUUCGGCACAGGACUUGGAGUCGCUCCCUCAGGUGGCAACUGAGGCCUUCAACACGUUCCGCAAGACCACACUGAAGGAACGCCAGGAGAUCGUCAAGAGAUUCCUCAAGAUCCUCUCCAAGCAUGAGGAUGAGCUGGCCGAGGAACUCACGGUACAGAUGGGCCGACCCAUCGCCUUUGGCGGAAAGGAGAUCCAGACGGCGAUCAAGCGUGCAGAGUACCUCCUCAAGAUUAGCGACGAAGCUCUUCAAGACACAGAUGGCGAGCCGGAAAAGGGCUUCAAGCGUUUCAUCCGCAAGGUGCCCGUGGGUCCUGUCCUCGUGCUGUUUGCCUGGAAU